CCGUAGUCAGAGCGAAGCGCCCCCUUUUCCAAGCCUCCAAAAUGCUUGCUGUUUGAAGCCGGAAAAAUGGCAGGCACUUUCCUCUGCUCUCUCCCCUCUUCUACCUUCACUUACCAACUGUUCCCUGCCUCCAUCAAAUAUAACUUUAUUCUUCCUCUCCUUUCUCUCCACUCUUCCUUUAUCUCCUCGAAUCAUCCCUCAAUCUGCUCGUCCCACGACAACAAUCACCGUCGCCGCUUUCGCUUCCCCUGCUCCGUCUUCUCUUCCUCUAUUCCAGGCAACCGUCCCACCUUCAAGCCGGACGAUAGCAACUUGGACUCUGACACGCAAGAAGCCCUGCUCAGAGGAGGCGAGCAGGUCACCUCUGUGCUCGAGGAAAUGAUCAAGCUGCUUGAGGACAUGGAGAUGGAUGAGGCGUCCCAGGCAGUGGCAGUGGAAAUCGCAGCACAAGGGGUUAUCGGGAAGAGGGUUGAUGAGAUGGAGUCGGGAUUCAUCAUGGCUCUUGAUUACAUGAUACAACUUGCUGAGAAGGAUAAUGAUGACAAGCGCAAGUUGCUUCUGGAGGUUAUCAAACAAACAGUUUUAGAUCAUCUUACCAAAAAGUGCGCACCCCAUGUUCAAGUGAUCGGAUUGCUUUGCCGUACUCCACAUAAGGAAAGCAGACAUGAAUUAUUACGGCGAGUAGCCGGUGGUGGCGGUGUCUUCAAAGGGGAGAAUGAUCUAAAGGUACAACUGCCAGGAGCAAAUCUGAAUGAUAUAGCCAACCAGGCUGAUGACCUGCUGGAGACAAUGGAAGCCAGGGCAACAGUUCCAGAUAGAAAAUUGCUUGCUAGACUUGUUUUGAUCAGGGAAGAAGCCAGGAAUAUGAUGGGUGGUGGGAUACUAGAUGAAAGAAAUGAUCGUGGACUGAGCACACUACCUGAAGCAGAGGUCAACUUCUUGUGCAAGCUGGUUGCCUUAAGACCAGCAAAGAAUGUCCAGAUAAUGAUUAAAAAUGUCUUGCAUGGCCAAGAUGAAGGUGCUGACAACAUGGGAAGUGAAACCAGGGAUUCUGGAGGCCUGCAGCAACAGUUACUGGGUGGAAUAACUGGAAGGGGAAGCAUAUCGGGUCGUAAGCCACGUCCUGUUCGCCCUGGCAUGUUCCUCGAGACUGUUACCAAGGUUUUGGGUGGAAUAUAUGCAGGAAAUGUGUCUGGCAUCACGGCUCAACAUUUGGAAUGGGUUCAUGAGAAGACAUUACAAAUACUUCAGGAAAUGGCCUUUAGUUGAAGUUGGUGCUCCUAUUUGGUGACUUGAGCUGCCUUUGACUUCUGAGGUGAAAUAACUUUUUGGAAUUAUAAACCAGAAUUUGGAUGCCUUCUACUUUCUUUUCAGGAUUGAGCACGUAUUUACCUUACAUUUGUCCAUAUCAGCUGCUAGUUACUUUUUUAAAAACAAUGUAUCCAUCAGAACUGUGUAUGAUAAAUGGAUUUUUCCCCCAUUCA